GUUUUUUUCACCGUUCACUUCAGUAGGGAGACCAGUGAGAGGGAGAUCGAAGGAGAGAGAAGGAACGAUCGCGAUUCAACUCCAGGAGUAUCUACUCCCAGAUUCAGGAGAAGUUGAACCAGCACGUGAUUUUCUUUAUUGAGCUCCAGAGGCGAUGGAGAAUGAAGAGGGGCUUCAAGCAGAUGGUGAAUCAGAUCCUAAAGCACCCAUUCCAGUAUCUGAAGUUGAUGCUUGGGAAAACAUCAGGGAUGAUGAUAUCAUGCAACAACAGUCUGCGAUUCGGGCCGAGGAAGCUGAGAAAGUUCCCUUCAUCGGUGACAAGGAACCUCUUUCCGUAUUAGCAGCUGAAUACGAGUCAGGCAGCUCUAUCUUGCUGAAGAAAAUAAAGGUGCUUGGUGAAAAAUAUGGCUCUAUCAGGCGAACUAGGGGAGAUGGGAACUGCUUUUUUCGAGGCUUUAUGUUUUCAUACCUUGAGCAUAUUCUGGAGUCACAAGAUCAAGCAGAAGUUCAUCGCGUCACAACUAACGUUGAAAAAUGCAGAGAGACACUUCAAGCUCUAGGUUAUGCAGACUUUACUUUUGAGGACUUUUUUGCGUUAUUCCUUGAGCAGCUGGAAAGUGUUGUCCAAGGAAAGGAGACUUCCAUAAGUCAUGAUGAGCUUGUAAUAAGGAGUCGAGAUCAGUCCAUAUCCGACUAUAUUGUAAUGUUCUUCAGAUUUGUAACCUCUGGUGAAAUAAAAAGACGCUCAGAGUUUUUUGAACCCUUCAUAUUGGGAAUGACAAAUGCUACAGCUACAGUGGAGCAGUUUUGCAAGUCAUCAGUGGAACCAAUGGGCGAAGAGAGCGACCAUGUGCACAUUACUGCAUUGUCUGAUGCACUGGGUGUGCCAAUCCGUGUUGUGUACCUGGACCGGAGCACUUAUGAUAUUGAUCAUGUCAUCGUAAAUCAUCAUGAUUUCAUUCCCUCUGCUGGUGAUCUUCCCAGUGCAGGUGGUGGGAGCUCUGAAACCACCAAGCCCAUUGUAACUUUGCUAUACCGACCAGGCCAUUAUGAUAUUCUAUACCUUAAGUGAAGUUCACCUGUUCUGGAACUGAAAAUGUCCUGGUUCGUGAAUUUGUAUUGGCAGGACAUCAAGUUCUGUGAGGUGAAGACUCGAGCUCUUUCAUGCCCUUCAUGCUGUAACUUGUGGUCCCGAGUGUUGAUAUGCUUCUGAGCUGUGUGAGUGAGGACAGAUGAUGACCUGGUAAAGUUUUUUUGCUUUAAAUGGAGGAUGACAUAACAAUUAGCGUGUCUUUACAUGGUCUUCAUUCAUCUGGAUGAACUUUUAUUGCUAAAAAUGAAAACUGUAGAUUCUGCAAUCAAAUUCAAGGUCUAAACUUCCAAUCUGAACCUUUUCUUCUAUGGUUAA